AAAAAAUAAUAUAUACACAGGGGAAUGCAAGUAGCGGCGAUGGCGGCUCAACCAGUGAUCAAGGUAGCUGGGCUUUGCGGUUCCCUCCGUAAAGGUUCCUACAAUCGCGGUCUCCUCAAUGCCGCGAUGGAGAUAUGCAAGGAUUCUAUAACGGGAAUGGAGAUCGAGUACGUCGACAUAUCGCCGUUGCCGUUUCUGAAUACGGAUCUUGAGGUGAACGGGACUUAUCCCCCGGUCGUCGAGGCUUUUCGUAAGAAAAUUGAAGAAGCUGAUUGUUUCCUUUUUGCUUCUCCAGAGUAUAAUUACUCCAUCACAGGACCAUUGAAGAAUGCAAUUGAUUGGGCCUCCCGACCUCCAAAUGUUUGGGCUGAUAAAGCAGCAGCAAUGGUGAGCGCUGGAGGUGGCUUUGGUGGAGGACGGUCACAAUAUCACCUCCGACAGAUAGGAGUCUUCCUUGAUCUUCAUUUCAUUAACAAACCUGAAUUUUUCCUGAACGCGUUCCAGCAACCACCAAAGUUUGACAGUGAUGGUGUGCUGACAGAUGAAGAGACCAAGCAGAGACUCAGAGCAGUUCUUUUGGCUUUACAAGCACUUGCCUUGAAACUCAAAGGCAAGUGUGAAUAGUUUCUACCAGUAAAUGUGGUCCAUUUCUUCAUCCAAUGUGGAUGGUAAAGAAUUGACAUUUCCACCUCACAUGGGAAAAAAUAUCUACUUAUAGACUUUUGAAACAUCUGUUCAGUUGAUUGAGCGUGUUAGCAGGAUUUAAAUUGUAUUCAAAGUUUCAUGGUGAUUGAUGUAAUGGCUCCAACAUGUUUCUGUCUUU